CUGCGUUCCUCCCUCGCUGCCAGACAGCGGGGCCGUGGCGGCGCGGGCGGGAUGUGGGCAGCGGCCCCUCUCCUGCUCCUGCUCCUGCUCCUGCUGGCGCGGCUGUGCCGGCGCGGGGCGGCGCGGCUGGAGCCGGCCGGGCGGGCCGUGCUCAUCACGGGCUGUGACAGCGGCUUCGGGCACCUGCUGGCGCUCCGCCUCCACCGCCUCGGCUUCACCGUGUUCGCCGGCUGCCUGAGCCCCGGCGGGGACGGGGCGCGGCGGCUGCAGCGGGAGGCGGGCGGCGCCGGCCGCCUGCGCGUCCUGCGGCUCGAUGUGACCCGCGCCCGCGACGUGCGCGCCGCCAAGGAGCUGGUGCUCAGCCACCUGCCCGAGCGAGGUUUCUGGGGCCUUGUCAACAAUGCAGGAAUAUCAACAUUUGGUGAGACAGGGUGGCUGCCUAUGGAGACAUAUGAAAAAUUUGCAGAUGUGAAUCUCCUUGGGAGCAUCAGGACAACCCUGGCAUUUCUUCCCCUUCUAAGGAAAUACAAGGGGCGUAUUGUUUUCAUGUCCAGCAUCAUUGCCUAUUUUACUCUGGGAAAUGGCAUUUAUUCUAUGACCAAGGCAGCUAUUGAAAAAUUUUGUGAUGCUUUAAGACUGGAAAUGAAGAAGUUUGGUGUCCAGGUCUGUAUUAUCCAGCCAGGAAAUUACGCAUGCUCUACAAAAAUUCAGCCACCGCUCAGUGCCGAAGAGAUCUGGAGUGAACUGAGUGAAGAGGAAAAGGCUGUUUACAACAAGGAGUACGUUCAAGAGUGGGCAAACUUUUUCAACAGCCUCCUCAGUAAGGGAAGCACUAAUGGCAAUGAGGUUGUCAAUGCUAUGGUGGAUGCUCUAACAUCUCCUGCACCCAAGGCACGUUACAUGGUGGCGAAGCUGAAGGAGAAGGCCCUGGUGUUUGUGUGUGCUUUUUUCCCGACUGUUGUGAUGGAUUCUGUUCUGUCUUAUGCUCUGAGCAAAGUAAAACUUGCAUAGGCUACAGUGGUGCUAUUCACUGACUCAGGUGAGGCAGUUUAUAAAAUGUGAAAGUCAGAGCUGAAUUUAAUGCCCCUGUGUGUCAGUGCGGUGACACUGAUUAACCAGUACAAACUUUGGGGAGUCUCCCUAGUCAGAACUGUCACUGAUUGCUAGGGAAAAACAUACAGGACCCCGUGUAAAAUUAAAUAAUUUGUUUAAGUAACUUUAUCUCUCCCCCAUGGAAAAACCCCAUCUACUUAAGCCACUUUAGUUAUUGCAUGGAAAAUGUAAUACAUCUUUUUCUAAAGCAAUAGCAGAUACUGUGUUACAGAUAUGCUGCAGACAAAAUGGAGCAUAUCCUACAGAGCAGCUGUACACCUGAAGCCAUUACAACAGAGACGAAAUGCCCUUACUUGUAGAAACCUGAGUAGCCAUUUAUUCAGGGGUGAUAGGGAGAGGUUAAUGGAAAAGUCAUAAAAUGAGCAUCGGACCGCAAAAUACUUUGAAUGGAGUUAAGUGGCUGUAGCAAGUUAAGUGGCUGGAGCUCUAAGCAACCUGGUUUAGUGAAAGGUGUUCUGCCCACAACAGGCGGGCUGGAAUUUGAUGAUCUCUAAGAUCCUUUCCAACCCAAACCAUUCUAUGAUUCUAUGAAUAAUAAGGUUGUAAUGUGAAAACAUUGUCUUGGCUAACACAGUCCAGUCAUUUUUCAGGUGUUCUGGAUAAAUCUGUAACAAGCCAACACAUCACAGACUUCAGAAAACAAGUUACAUAUUCCAUUUAUAAAUGAGUAUUUAAUCCUGAAUAAACUCUAUCUUUUAUCCAA